AUGGAUGUAGGGAAUGCCCAGCCCGACCGCGUGCGCAAGCGUCGCCGCCGCACAAUGGCGUGCACGCAGUGUCGCACGCGCAAGUUACGAUGUGAUCGCGAAUAUCCCACUUGCAGUCGCUGUUUAAAGAGCAGAACCCCGAGCAAAUGCACAUAUGAGGAUGGCUUCUUAUGGCAGCAGCCAAGCACUGUCGCGACUACUGCAUUUGUCGCCGACCAAAGAUCUACAGGGUCUAUGCCUGCAGAUACCCCGAUUGACACACCUCCAGACUCGGGAAUACCAACUGUGUCAACCCGGACGGAGCCUUUCCCAGCGAGCGAACCUCCACGCAUGGCUAUGGCUGGUAGCCCAAUGCAUCAUGAUUACCAUGGCCUUACGGGGCAUGCUCUUGCACCGCCUUACAGAGGUCGACCACACGACAGAGAGCGAAAGGACUGCUUUUUGGAAACCGUUCUCGGUGCUCCGAAGGCUGCUGUCAAUCAGGAACCUUAUGUGAACAUGGGCUUACAGCGUCCCAAACGCCCGGCGCCUGCAUCAGAGCAAGAUAUGCAAGCACCAUCGCGGGUCGUUUAUGCGCAUCUUGACGAAGAAGAGGACCCGCUGUCACCUACGGACCAGCUAGACCUUGCUCCUCGCAUGAUGAUGAGGGGCCAGGAAACUAAAACGCGCUUUAGCGGAUCAGGCAUCUUUGCUAGUCUAGUUGCACAGUUUCCGGAUAUAAGAUCGUUUGCAGAAGAGAUCAGACUUUCUACUCCGAUUUUCGCGCAACUUCAGCCAGAUCUGAGGAGGGUCAAACGCGGGCUAUUCAAACUCAUGGUGCUCAAUCGACCCUUCCCUGACCCCACGACGGCUUCGUUAAUUAACAUGCUGCCGUCGCGCGGCGUGGUUGAUGAACUGAUUGGGUUGUAUAUCACUUAUAUCGAGUCCACUCACCGCAUUCUCCAUGUUCCAUCCUUCUUACGAGAGCUUGAACAAUUCUGGGCCAUGUUAGAUAGUCCAGCCUCAAUAUCUGCUGCCUUUACAGUUCAGGUACUGUUGGUCCUUGCCUGCGCAUGGAACCUCGCGGAUUUUGCUAGUCUGCAGUCAAAAAGUGUGGGCGAACUCAAGUGCCAGUCGGCAAUGGAAUGGACGCUGCAUGCAGAAAAAUGGAUCGAGAAUCUUCACACUAAGCGCCCGGAGAUCACAUCAAUGCGGCUGUCUGUUUUAUUAAUUUUGGCGCGCAACUCCCACGGGAUGAAACGCAGCCAAGCUUGGCUCACUACAAGUACAUUGGUCAAGCAAGCAAUGAUGGCAGGAUACCAUCGCGAUCCGAGCCGGUACGCACGGAUCUCUGUAUUCAACAAAGAGAUGCGACGGCGGCUGUGGACAACCAUUGUGGAACUGGACCUGCAGAUUGCUCUUGACCGAGGAAUGCCACCGUCAGUCCAAAGCUUUGACUAUGAUGCGGCUCCGGGGCUGAACAUUUUCGACGACGAAAUUCACGAAAAUAGCACCGAGGUUCCCAAAAGCCGACCACUGGGCGAAGUUACCGACUCGUCAUUCCAGUCUAUCCUAAGCCGUUCGCUACCUCUGCGCCUUCAGGCUUGUUCUCUCAUGCACUCUCCACGAAUCAACUGUCGAUAUGAGGAUAUCCAGCGCCUGGAUGGUGAGCUCAACCGACAUCUCUCUCGAAUUCCUGCGUGGGUGACAGUAGAUUCCAACGACAUUACCACCCAACACAAAGUAAUACUUUGGAAAGGGUUGAUUGAGACUAAACUCUCGCAGACUUUACUAUCUGUCCACACCCCUUUCGCCAUUGAAGCCCGACGAGAAUCACUAUUUGCCUCCUCUGCGCGUACUCGCAUGGAUGCCGCCACCAGAAUAUUGACCACCCAGCGCCGGCUACACGAGAUCUCGCGAACGCUGUCGCUAUGUAUGCUUGGCGAAUGGACUAUUCAUGCCUAUAUUUCCAUCUGCCAAUUGCUACACACAACCGAAUGCGACACCUCUGCCCCCUCUUAUCCCAUCUCCUCGACCUUCAUUCUCCACAAUAUACCCGGAGUCCCCGAAUCGCUCCUAUCACUCGUAGAAACAGCCUUGAUCGCCUUGGAAGAGCGUUCCCUUUUGGUGACCAAGGGAGCCAAAGACUAUUAUUUCCUAUCAACGAUCGCCGCACUAGUCAAAGCCCGACUCUGGCCGGCACAAGCACCUAUGUAUAAGCAGCAGGUCGUCGAACGAGUACUGUCAUUUGCGCAGAUUCUCUUCUCUCGGCACAUGAACUGCGAUCACCUCGGCGACAAAGGGGUAGGUAAUUUCAAAAACAACCAGCUAGCUGCGUUCAUGGCCGCUCCAAUAAUGGUGCCUGUGAUGCAGCCCGAAUUCGAUCCCAAUGGGAUGCUUCCGCCACCGCAACCUGGCGCGUUACGGCCUGAUGAAUUCGAUCCUUUCUUGGAGAUCUUCGAUUGGGAGGAUCUGACAAGUAUGACGUUCCCCUGUUGA